CUGUAGUCAUUGCACUGUGUUAAACGAACAGCUGAUGUAUGUGUGGAAGCCGGUGGGACGUUGUGGAGAUAUAUUAAUAGAAAUAAAAAGAAAGUUUAUUGUUUAUAAUGGAAGAAUGUCCGCCUAUUAAUGUACGUUUAGCAGUAAAUAGAGUUGAUUUAAAUUUAAUAAAGAAUGAAGAUAAACAACCUCGGAUAUACACACCGGGAGAAGAAAUUGCUAGCCAACCUGACUUUUUGAGGGGUCAUGGAACGUACGUAGACGAUGAAAACACAUUACGUGCAUCUGUGGCUGGUAUUUUAGAAAAAGUAAAUAAACUCAUUUCGGUUAAACCAUUGAAAGCACGUUACCAAGGCGAAAUAGGAGACGUAAUUGUUGGUCGUAUAACUGAAGUUCAACAAAGACGAUGGAAAGUUGAUACAAAUUCCAAACUUGACUCUGUGUUACUACUUUCUAGUGUUAAUUUACCCGGUGGAGAAUUGAGGAGAAGAUCUGCAGAAGAUGAGCAAACUAUGAGAAGAUAUCUCCAAGAAGGAGAUUUAAUUUGUGCAGAAGUACAAAGUACUUUUGUAGAUGGUUCCCUUUCAUUGCAUACUAGAGUUUUGAAAUAUGGUAAACUAUCUCAGGGCAUAAUGUUAAAAGUUUCACCAGCUCUGAUAAAACGGAAAAAGACUCAUUUUCAUAAUUUGGAAAAUGGAGCAAGUUUAAUAUUAGGAACGAAUGGUUAUGUGUGGAUUGGAGCUAGCGAACAAGACACUGAUAAAUCAGAGGGUGGUUUCACACAAGAUUUAUCAAGAAUUCCACAAACAAUUCGUGAAGUUUGCGCAAGGCUGCGUAAUUGCAUUUUGAUUUUAGCACAAUGUAAUAUGCAGCUCACAGAUACAUCUGUUACAUAUGCUUAUGAGGAGUCUAUGAAGUAUAAAGUAAAUGACUUACUGGAACCUGAGGUAAUGCAAAGAAACAUGGAUGCCUGUUUUACUGCAUUUGAUAAAGAUGCAGAUGGAUAUUUAUCUCUUACAGAAUUUCAACUGAUUUGUCGCGCACUAUUUCGUAACGAUCGUGGAAAAAUUUACGAUCUUGAAGAAGAUCAACUGAAGGAAAUAUAUUCUAUAUUUGAUUUGAAUGGAGAUGGAAUGAUCAACAGAGAAGAAUUUGAGGUAUGCUGGAAUCGUUGGAUUAAAAUAUGCACUCGUCCGAAAAGUGCGUUUUUAAUUGUAGAUGUACAAAAUGAUUUCAUAACCGGUUCUUUAAACAUUAAACAGUGUGCUGCACAACAUGAUGGCUCAGAAGUAAUUGAACCAACAAAUCGUUUAUUAGAAACUGUACAAUUUGAUGCAGUUUUCUAUUCUCUUGAUUGGCAUCCUGUAGAUCAUGUAUCUUUCAUUGAUAAUUUACAUCUAAGAGAAGUUGAUUCUAGUAGUGGAAUUUCAAAGGAAGCAGCACAAGUUUAUGAUACAGUUACAUUUAGAGGACCACCUCUGUUAAAACAGCGCCUUUGGCCACGUCAUUGUAUUCAGGACUCUUGGGGUGCAGAACUUCAUAAAGAUUUAAAAAUUGUCGAUAACGCAAUUAAAAUAUAUAAAGGAACGAAUCCAGAAGUUGAUUCGUAUUCUGUCUUUUGGGAUAAUAAGAAAAUGAUGGAAACUAGUUUGUCUUCGCAAUUACAAGAGAAAGGAGCAACGGAUAUAUACAUUUGUGGAUUAGCUUAUGAUGUUUGUGUUGGAGCUACUGCAGUUGAUGCACUCACAAGCGGUUAUCGAACUAUUCUCAUUGACGACUGUAGUCGGGGAGUAGAUCUUGUUGAUAUUGAAAAAACUAAAGCUACUGUCAUAGCUAAUAAUGGUGUAAUUGUAAAUUCAAGUCAAGUAAAAGCGAUGGUUGAAGGAAGGGAUCGCCGUCCAGAACUAGGAUAUAAAUUAGCCUUGGAAAUUAAACGAAAAUUAAAUUUUGUAGAAGAUGAUGAUAAGUAAUUUAAUUUCAUUGUAAAUUAACAAUUAGUAUCCAAAUCUGUAAAGCUUAAUUAAAUUAAUUAGUCAUUCCAUAAGUUAUUCUUUAAAGAACUUACGUAUUUACAUAUGUAUUAUUAUAUAUGUAUAGUAUUAUAUAUGUAUUA